CGCUCUUCAAACUCCUCCUCCACUUCCUUCGCUCCCUCCACCAUCUCUGCCCUCCCAUACCUCCUUCACGGCUCGGAAGAAGAAGGAAGAGCCUGUGGAUCAGACUCCUGCCGACCCCGUCAACUCGCCAUUCUCCCGCCAGACCCGUGUCUGUCUACAACCUCCUCCCUUUCUCCCAACAACCCCCCCGAACCAAUACGCUGGCCGACUGCAUGCGGUGAUCUUGACCCGAGCGCUUGCCGUCGUCUCCUCUCCUCCAGUCGCUCGUUAACAGCACCGCUGCUGCACUCUGUCGCUACAUCCCCUCCCUGAUCCACCAUCCGCCUCCCCCCGACUCCCCCUCAGCAGCACAAUUUCACCCUCGACAGUCCGAUUGGCGCCUCCCCGCCCUGUGGUCGCUUGCGGCCGAAGUCGUUCCUGGCGGCAUCAUGGAUUACCUCAAGUCCGUCCAAAAGCGCAUUCCCUCGUCCGAGAAGCUGUCGGAGAAGCUGCCUCUGCCCACCCUCAAAACCAUCCAACCCGCCUCCCUCAAAGACGUCUCCAUCCCCUCCAGACUCGCCUUUCUCCGCAAGCGGAUACGUCUGCGAGGCAACAGCAAGAUCAGUGUGCCGCUGUACCUUGUCUUGCUGCUGCCUUGCAUCCUCCUCAUCCUCAUCCUCCUCAUCUUCGUCCACCACGAUGCCACCCCCGUGGGCCGCUUAAUACCCACCGGCGCCCCGCCGAGUAUCCGCAAGAUCAACGAAAAGUACGACAAGGUCUUUGUCACCGGCUGUCUGGAGCCGCCAAAGGAAGUGACGCACAACGAGCGCGCCAACGCGGCAUUCGUCGUGCUGGCACGCAAUAAAGAGCUGGACGGGGUGGUGGAGAGCCUCAAGAGCGUCGAGCGGCACUUCAACCGCUGGUUUCACUAUCCCUACGUCUUCCUCAACGACGGCGAAUUCAACAGCACCUUCAAAGAGACGGUGUUGAAGUAUGCCUCGUCGUCGGUGGAAUUCGGCAAGAUCGGAGACGAUCACUGGGGCUAUCCCGACUGGGUCGACCCGGCUGUGGCCAAGGAGGGCAUUGCACAGCAAGGCGACCAGGCCAUCAUGUAUGGCGGCAUGGAGUCCUACCACCACAUGUGUCGCUUCUACUCCGGCUUCUUCUACAAGCACGAACUGCUGCAGAAGUACGACUGGUACUGGCGGGUCGAGCCGGAAAUCAAGUACUUCUGCGACAUCACCUACGACCCCUUCCUGUACAUGGAGCGCACCAAGAAGACCUACGGCUUCACCAUUGCCGUGAAGGAGCUGAAGGAAACGGUGCCGAACAUCUUCCGCUACGCCAGCGCGUACAAGCGCACGCACAACCUGACUUCGCAAGGGCUGUGGGAAAUGUUUGUGGUGCCGCAGGAGGGCUACAACCAAGACGGCUCGCCCAAGCCUGGCACCGUCAAGCCCGCGGAGCUGCCCAAAGGCGAUCCCACGCACGACAAGAAGAAGCCGUUGCCCGAGGAGAUUUUGCUGGCGGAUGCAGGCCAACGCAAGCAGCCCGAGAUCGACCCGGACGCCAUGGAAGGGGAGAAUUACAACAUGUGCCAUUUCUGGAGCAACUUCGAGAUUGCCCGGCUGGACUUCUUCCGGAGUAAGGAGUAUGAGGACUUUUUCCAGAUGAUGGAUCGGAGUGGAGGGUUUUGGAUGGAGAGGUGGGGUGACGCUCCGAUCCAUUCUCUCGCGGCGGGUGCACUGCUCUCGCCGUCCGACAUUCACUAUUUCCGCGACUUUGGCUACCGACACACCACCAUCCAGCAUUGUCCCGCCAACGCCCCGGCGCGUCAGCUACCUCGCAGCCCCUACUACGGUCCUCGAGACAACCCGUGGGAGAACCCCACGAUUGGCAAGCCAGCGCUGGAGAAGGAGUGGAGCACGUGGAAGGAGGAGGAUGAUUACUGGGCGAAUUGGGACACGCCAAAGGAAAAUGGGGUGGGUUGUAGGUGUAGGUGCGAUACCGACAUCCCCGAGGUCGAGGCCAAGGAAGGGAGCUGUAUUCCUGAGUGGGUGGAGAUUGCCGGCGGGUUCAUCACCCCGGCGGCGCCUCGAUGAAGAAGAUGGGCACAGGAGCGUGAUUGAUUUGCAGCGGAUUGUCUACCAUGCGUGUAUGGUGAUUUGUUGCAUGGACGGCGGCGAGCAAAAGGCGUUGGAUGGAUCUGUCCGCCGGCACGGAGGCAUUCGCGCGGCCGGAACGGAGCACCUGUCGACGUCGGGGGCGUGAGACAGACGAACAUGCUGGUCCAAUGCAUCGCUGCCUCCCUCCUCGCAUGGAGGCGGGUGGCGCGAGCACGUGAUUCGAGACCUUGAUGGCAAGGCAUGGCCACCUUUAUUAGCAGGCCUGCACAUUUUCUUGUAUCUACAACGUCCA